AAAUUACAUUUUAAGUUAUCAUAAUACCAAUUUAUUUACCAAUUUCAUUUUAUAUGUUGUAUCUCCUUAAACUUUGAAUUAUUCUCAACAAUAAGAUGAAAAUGUUUGGACCCCCUACAUGUAAAUAUUGAUACUGUAACCUCUUAAAAUAAGGUUGGUUAUUUGUAUUUUGAAUUGCAAAAAUGUGUGAAGUUAUUGUGUUGUUUGAUGGUUACUCUGAAAAACUUGAAAAUGAGAUAAUGAAAGCAAAUUGUUCUUGCACAUUAAUAAAAGCAUCGAAGAAUGUGAUCGUUGAUACAAUGACAGCUUGGGAUAAAGACAAAAUAAUACAAGCUCUUAAUCGACAUAAUAUUACUCCUGAUGAAAUUGAUUACGUCGUUUGUACUCAUAGUCAUGCAGAUCACAUAGGCAACAAUAAUCUCUUUCUAAAUGCUGAGCAUAUAAUUGGAACUUGUGUCCACAGAGGAGAAAUGUUCUUUGGACCAAAAUUUGAAAAUGAUUCUGCAUAUGAAAUUUGCCCAGAAGUUAAAGUCAUAGCUACUCCAGGACAUACAUCUGAAGAUGUCACAGUACUAGCUCAAAGGACUGUGUCUAAAAAAUCUACCUGCUAUGCUAUAACAGGAGAUUUAUUUGAAAAAGAAGAAGAUAUUUUAAAUCCUUCAAUAUGGAGGGACUUGGGAACUGAGGAAUUACAAAAAGAUCAAUCACAUUGGAGAUCGUAUGUAAUAAAUAUUGCAGAAUUUAUAAUACCUGGACAUGGACCAAUGUUUCGUGUUACCAAUGAAAUGAGAAAAAUUGUCACAGAUCAAGAAGAACAUUAAUUUUACUGCUUAUAAAAUAAUAUAUUUAGUAGCAUACAAAGAAAGAAACUUAUUUUUGUAUUCAUCAUUUAUGUCACUACUUCGUUCUACAUAUAUUUACUUACUUUAGUAUAAAACAUAAUAGUACUAGUUUGGAUCUUAGAAAAAAAUAUACUUGACAUAACAUUGAAAUACUUUCACGUUACAAUUUUGUUUCUACAUCCCCAGUAACAGCAAUAGCUUCAAUCUCAAUUUGAGCUCCCUGUAAUAUUAUAUGUAAUUAAAGUUAGUAAACUUUACUGCACAAAAUAUAAAAUAAUUAUUUCAUACCAUAGGUAAUUUUCCAACUUGAAAUGUGGAUCGUGCUGGAUAGUUAUCUGUGAAAACUACAAAACAAAAAGGCAAAUAAUUACCAAAUAUAAUAUGAGAUAAAUGUAAUUUAUCUUUUCUAUAAGAUUUAAUGGAAUUAAAUUUAUUCUUACAUUCUUUGUAAACUUCAUUUACUCCAGCAAAAUCAUUUAUACUGUUUAAGAGGAUUGUUGUUUUAACAACUGUAAGAAAAUACAAUUUUUAUAAGUUAUGAUUGGAAUUAUAUGCUUCAAGCAAAAGUUAUCUCUUAUUUUUUAUAAUACAUGUAUAUUCAAUAAAUAAGUGUAACCUUUA